UCACGUUGCCAGUGCUUGCUCAUUUCGCCCCAACUUGCGUAGAAUUCAUUAUCAAAAUUCCGCUCUUUCUAGUCGAGAUGAGAAACAUGUUGGCUGCCUGGAUCGUGUUGUGUGUAGUUGCCUAUCUGGGUGCUUUUGGAGAGGCCUGCACGCCAGAUAAAAUUUCUGAUUGCGCGUCGAAAAAGAUUCUGAUAAAGCCGGAUAAAUCCAAUCUCGAUGUCUACUGCAGAUCCUACAAAGAGGUGUAUACAUGUCUGAUCUCUAACACGAAAGGAUGUGAGGAUAAGCCUGACAUCAAGUCUCAGCUUGAACUUUACAAGAACAUGCCCACAGAAUGUCCUCAGACAACAGAUGGAACCAAUAGCGCAGACGCUGGUAAAAGCGAUGGAAACAAUAAUAGCCAAGGUACCCAGCAGCCAGCUCUGGUCCUGUUAUUCUCAGCGCUGGUCUUCCUUUGUCUAAUCGCUAACCAGAUGCCCAAUGGCGUAUGAACGCCACUAAAAUCGAGAUAUGAAAAAAAUGAGGGGAGACAACACGCAUUAGCGGAAAUUGCGCCACAACAACGUGACAACACUUAAAGGGAUGUAACACCCUACACAGAGACUUGAGUUUUAGAUCAAGUGCUUCAGUAUUUUUAAGUUAAACAGUUGUAGCUUUAAUUGUUUUAGUCUAUCUGCUGUUAAAGUUAUGAAUAGCGUAAUUUGAAAGUUGUGUUUGUUAAAAGUAAAAUACCUUUUAUGUAUAUAUUAAAGUAAAUUGCUUGAAAAAUACAAAAAGUUAUUUUAAGCAAAUUAUUUUACAAUUGACCGAUUUGUAAACAGAAAACAGCGAGCUUCCAUUGUACAAUUAUUUGUAUUCAUAGUAAGAUUUAAAAUUAAAGUCCAACUCUAUUAAUUUGCUUUAUUGCAAUGAACCUUUCCAUUAUUGUCUUUUUAAUUACCAGCUUACCAUUCAAUGUAUUUUGUCAGCAUGCACUUAAUAUUUUAUUGUGAUAUUUUAUUGCUUUAAAAUAUAUAUUUUUUUUUACC